CCUCAUAAUUCCGAACUUGAUUCAUCAAAGAGCAUUUUUUUCCGGUCGGGAAUCCGGGAAUCCGGUCGGAAAAUUGAAUAAUUAUGUGAAGGAUUUUUGUUGUCUGCCCAGACCAAACAUAUCACCAUCUCCUUCUCAUUGGUUAUGAGAUCCCCCUUGCUCACUUGAAACGUAAUAUAGAAAUAUUAUUUUUAAUCGCAUUCAAGAACCUCAAUGUAGUGAAAUUAGACGACUCCGACUAGUUCGCACCUCAACAUUGGAGGUCAGUGAGACACAUUAGCAGAGGUGAAUAGUCAUGAUUAUCGUUUUGGACAAAUUGACCAGUCCCAUCGAAGGGCUUAAGGCGAAUAUGGGACAAGCCUGGUCGUCCGUGGAUGUCCAGCCUCAAACUGACGAUCCCAAUCCCAGGGAACCCGGUUCAUGGACCCAAAUACCAGAAGUGGUCACACGACCGUAUCAAAGGCUCAAAGGUUUAUACUUCCGGUCUUUUGAGGCACCUAUCCCGGUCAUCACAUUCCAAAACAGCGGGAGUCAAACUACAUCUUGGAACUCGACCUUCCUUGAACAUCAACCGAGUAUUGAGUUCUUUCACAACAAUCGAAUAUUGAUCCUAUUACGCAGUCCAUGUCUGGCAACUCGACAAAAGAUGAUCUCGGCCAUCGCCCAAAGUUGGGAACCCCAACCGAUCCCGGCCUUAAUCUCAGGGGUCGAGGAGCAUUUGAAAAAGGCGGAUAAACAGUGUCGAGUUCAGGCUCGAGCAGCCUUUAAAGCCGGCCAAUCGCCCGUGGUAAUAGAUCAAGGUCAUUUGAAACCGUGGGGUGUGGUGGCUCUGUAUAAAAGUGUUCAGUUCUGGGAUUAUCACGUGAUCGUUUGGGAGGAUGGCCUUCAACGAUUCACGCCCGCUUAUUUUGCCUUCUUCUUAGGACUGAGUGGCUCCCAAAAUCUUUGGGAAUGGACUCAAAAGGUGUUGAUAGAUGGCCGACGUAUUAGUGACCACUCGUUUCCGGAUUUGACCGAUCUGAGCCGUGAUCGCUUUGCGGCCGCUAGUCGAAAUAUCAUGCACUGCACCAUGAAAUUUUGCGGAAAAAUGCAAGGAUCCGCUUAUGUUGACCGCCAAAAUGUGAUUGAUCACAUUGGCAGAGUGGAAGAUCUUGAGAUCAUCGGUCUGGUGGUCACCUCCCGCUCCGUGGGGGCCAAGGUACGAUUGAUUACCGAACAAACGAUGCUUUACGAAGCUGAUGAUACAAUGGGUGGCGGUGAAGGGAGUGUGGAUGGUUGUCACAUAUCCAUUGGAACAACGGGUAAUCACCGACCCAAAGUGAUUGGGCAAGACAUGAAAUCUGCCGCCCAAGUGGAGCGGGAGGUAACACCGACCACGUUUGACUUAGAAAUAGGGGUGCUAAAGAAAUUCUCCACGGAUUUGUGGGUUGUUUCACUCCACCAAAGUUUACGCUUUCCGGCCUUAUUCACGGGAUCGGUUUAAGAGAGAAAUAAAAUGGAACAAAAACUCA